AUGGGAUUUGUUGCACCAGUGGUCUUAUACGCAAAACUUCUCAUAAAACAACUUUGGUUGUGUGAAUGUGAUUGGGAUGAUAUACCACCCGACCACAUCAUUCAACAGUGGUCCCGUUUUAAGGAGGAACUUCCUCUUCUUGGAAAAAUUAAAAUUCCACGACAUGUUGGCAUCGCGUCCGGUGAUGUUGUAACCGUUGUGGGCUUCGCGGACGCAAGUGAAAGGGCCUACGGAGGAGUUGUGUACUUUCAUGUAAGAGACAGUCAAGGUCUUCGCAAAAACUCAUUUAGUCUGAUAAGCGCUAAAUCUAAAGUGUCACCUCGUAAGGUGGUUUCGCUAGCACGUCUCGAGCUUUGUGCAAUAUUAGUCCUAAGCAACUUAAUUGCUAAUGUAAUUAAUGCUUGUAACAAUCGCAUUAAUAUAGAUCGUGUUUUCGCAUUCUCAGACUCGACUGUAGCUCUUUGUUGGGUGCAUUCUUCGCCCCAUCGUUGGGAUACUUUCGUUGCUAAUAGAGUCUCUAAGAUUCAGAAUGAAUUUCCACCGCAAACAUUUUAUCACAUCGCUGGCCAUGAAAACCCCGCUGAUUGUUUAUCUCGUGGCCUUAGUCCCGCACAAAUCAUUGAUCAUCCGCUUUGGUUCUGCGGUCCUCAAUGGAUUCUAUCAGAUCCAAGUUUUUGGCCUGUUACGGAUUUUAAUCCAUCUACUGUGUCUCAGCCUCCAGAAGUAAAGAAGCAUCGCCUCAAGCCAUUCCUUCAGAACAAACUUCUUAGAGUCGGAGGACGGUUGAGUAACGCCGAUAUAAAAUUUGAUAGUAAGCACCCACUCAUACUUCCUCGGAAAGGUCAUAUUUUGAAUCUUAUAGUGGAUUACUAUCACAAAUUGAAUUGCCAUGCAGGUCCGGAGCUAUUGAUGUCCAUACUGCGUCAAAAAUAUUGGAUUUUGUCCGCUCGAAAUUUAAUUCGAAGCCGGGUUCACAAAUGUUUACCCUGUUUUCGACUCCGCGCUAAACCAAAUUUUCCUGAAAUGGCCGAUCAUCGCUCCUGCCGAGUUACACCAGUCGCUAAACCCUUCGUACAUACUGGCACUGAUUACGCGGGUCCCUUUAAAGUGAGUAGUUCGCGUGGACGCGGAAUUCGAUCGUUCAAGGCAUACGUAUGUCUUUUUGUGUGCUUAACCACCCGCGCUGUUCACAUAGAAGUUGCAGGUGAUUUGAGCACAGCUAGCUUCCUUGGAGCUUUUAAGCGUUUUCUAUCACGCCGUGGUCCCGUGGCUCGCGUGUACUCAGAUAACGGCACUAAUUACGUAGGCGCAAAGCGCACGCUUUCGGAGUUACACGACUUCUUAGUUUCAAAACACUUUAACUCUGAGUUUGGUCACGUAUUAGCUGAAACUCGCAUUGAUUGGUCAUUAAAUACUCCAGCUGCUAGUCAUUUUGGUGGCAAUUGGGAGACCAAUAUUAAGAGCCUUAAAACUCAUUUAUACCGGGUGAUAGGUGAUCAAAUUCUAACUUUCGAGGAGUUCAGCACUGUACUUGCACAGAUCGAGGCAGUGAUGAACUCGCGGCCACUGUGUCGCACGCUAUCCAAUGAUCCAUCGGAACCUCUCGCGUUAACACCCGCACACUUUUUAAACUUAACACCGCUAAAGUAUCUACCAGCUAGAGAAAUCGAAGAAGAUAGAUUACAUUUGCUUUCGCGUCAUGAGUUAGUUGACAAGCUGGUGCAGUCCUUCUGGAAGCGCUGGAAGUCUGAUUACCUUCAUACAUUGCAAAUGCGGAACAAGUGGAACACGCCAGCUAAGCCAAUUUCUAACGGCGAUGUUGUAAUAGUUAUUGUUGACAAUGCACCGCCGCUCCACUGGCCGUUAGGAAUAGUGGAGGAAGUUUUCCCUGGUUCAAACGGUGUUAUACGUGUGGUCCGCGUUCGCACGGCGUCAGGUACCUAUCUACGUCCUGUAGUACGUCUCUGUCCCCUACCUAGCGAAUAG